AUGGGUUUUGGGUUGGGUCGUCGCAUAAGGUCUUUCCUGAUUAUCUUCUCCGUUACUGCAUUAGUAUGUGCAUCUGAAACAGAUAAAUGCAAAGCACAGCAGAAAAUAUUUACAGAGGCUACGAAACAUGGCCAACCUAUUGAUUUUUAUUAUUUCAAAAAUGAUACAAAGGAAACUAUCCAGCUUACUUGGACUGGCGAUUCAACUGGCAUAAUCAUAUUGGUUACAAUGAGUGAAAGUGAACAGGGUCUUGGACAGCCAUCUGAUCUCUAUAGAAGUACUGAUAAUGGGAAAACUUUCGAAAAAAUUACCAAAAAUCUUGGUGAAAAUAUUCACAUAAAACGUGAAAACGGUCUGCAGACAUGGAAGUCCGCAAAGAAUAGAAAAAUUUACGUUGUAUGUCAUGAUAUGCAAAAUUUGAAUCAUACUGUCAUUUAUUCAACUGCUGAUUCCGGUCAAAGUUGGAAGAAAUCAAUAUUGCCUUUCAUUCUUAAUGGGAAGUUGAAGCUGUUGGUUUUUGAUGAAGAUUCUUACUCUGUACUUGCUAUGGAAGCUAGUACAAAGACACUCUUCGUCUCUAUUGGUGGUGAUUCAUCGUGGAAACCGGUUCUUCACGAUGUCCAAGAUUAUUUCUGGUCUCGAUUUAGUUUUGACCCAAAGAAUACCAUUUAUGCCCUCCAUGGGAAAGGCCAAAAGAACCCCACGUCGAAUCGGGAUUCUUACGCUUUAUCAAAAUCCGAAGAUGGUGGUGAAACAUGGCGAGUUUUGCUGAAAAAUGUGCGGAAAAUUUGGGCCCCAGAAACCUACACUGAUGCAGAUGGUGAAGAACCAAAAAACAGGACUGUUGGUCGUUUUCUCUAUGCUGCACACUUCCCUGAGGAAUAUGAUGAUGGGAAAAAUCUACUUAAGCUCAGUGUUUCUGAGAAUGGGGGCGACAUUUUUCAUCACGUCUUUCUUCCUGCUGUUAUUUCCGAUAGAUUUUUCAGUGUGCUCGAGAUCGAGAGGGACUGUGUGUUUCUUCAUGUCGAUGAACCUGGAGGUAAGUGUUCUCACAUUUCUCAUAUUCAGCAGCAAAGUAUUCCGUUUUCUCACUUUCUCUCUCUCUCCCUCCCUGAUGCCGAAGUUACUGAUCUUAGUGCUUAUCAUCUCCAUCAGAUCGACGCGGUUUUUUGCGCGAUACAAACUAAUAAACACUCUCUGGCUGUUUAA